UCCUGCUUGAAUCUCAUAUUGUCCUAUAUCCUGGUUUUGCCUUGUCAUACCAUGGAGCAGGACUGGAAUGUGCUGCAGGAUUUUGUUAUAGGUCCCACUUGUUCCCUCUCAUAGUGUUUGCUGGGACUGAUGGGAGUUGUAGUUCAAAGGUUCUCCAUGCCUGUCCUACAACAUUGGAAAGGCCCAAUGUUGGCUAUCCCUGCCUUAAGUAUAUGCCCAUACUACAGACUUCCACUAUAUUCCGUGUGAUUUCCAGAAGUGGUUUUUACAUUGUGUGAAAGAACAAACAAAAUGCAGAAAUUAUCAGGUCACUGAUUUUUCUCUCAUUCCCUGGGCACCAGAGACACAUUAAAGUGACUCCCCACUACAGUGAUACUGGGGACACCCUGAUGGCGACUUCUAGAGCCAAAGGUCGAUCCCGGCAUGCUAGUUGUUCUCCUGUUCCCCCUAAGCAUCCUGCCAGAGGAACGACGGACCAAAAAGUGUUUGCAUCCAUCAGUGCCAAAUUUAAAGGGCCGGGACCUGGGAAGUACAGUAGGCAGCCCUGCACUGGCAUUAAAGAUCACGACUUCACCAAGUAUGCUGAGCCAGCCUACACGAUGCGUGUGAAAUCCAGUGAAAGAUUGAUUGCAGUCAUGGAGAGUCCUGGGCCCUGCUAUUUUGUGGAUCCUAGCAUAUCCCAUCUCGGAAUAUGGAGACCAGUAUCAUUCCGCAUGGCGCAAGAGAAAAAGAAGUCAAAUAUCCCUGUGAUGCCUGCCCCAAACGAGUAUUAUGUAGAGAAGAUACACCCACUCGAAGAGCCAAAUGCACCAGCGUAUACCAUGGGCCUCCGAACACACUACUGGGAGAACAGCCGAAACCCAGCACCCAACAGCUACUCCCUUCCACGGAUGCUGGGUCCCAGGUUACCUGUCAAUCAGUCUGCUCCCUGCCUCUCAAUGGCCUCCAGUGCCUCUGUAUGGGGCUAUGCUAAAGACUUGGUGAGAGGGCCCGGCCCGGCAAUGUAUACCAUACCCAUGCCAGAUAUUUACUUGCACCACCAACCGGCCUACAGCAUGUCACAAAGGUUCAGCCCCUCCAGCAAGGACCAAACACCAGCCCCUCCUGACUAUAAUGCUGAGCUGGUCACUGCUGACAAACCCAGGGCCCCACGUUUCAGUCUUGGGAUUCGUCACUCUGAGUAUUCUCAUGGCACACCUCCACUCUGUAUCAUCAAAGAGUGAAGGUUGGACCCAUGUGCUGGAGAGGCAAUUUGUCCCUUUAGAGGGACCCACAUCCUGAAGAUCUCAUUGUGACACAGCUUCUUCAAGCAGGUGCAUAGGUAAUCCACUCGUGAGAUUACAGAGAGAUUCCUUCAAAUUUUGAUAAGGUUUGGACUAUGCCAAGGUUGGACAAUGGGAUGACCUGAUAGCUCUUGGUUUAGAAAAGACCUCCUUUGCAAGAUGGUAGUAUUGCAGUAUUUCAAGACCUUUGUUCCUGGUAACAUCCUUUCUCUGUUCUUCCUCCUUCCAAUGUACACUGCUAGUAUUUUAUUGUUUUAAAGGAACUGGCCAGCACAGAGAAAAGUGGCUUUCUUCUUCAUUCACUUCUGGUUGGAGGAGACUCUUGGGAAGAAGAAGGUUGAGAUGUCUUUUCUGGCUGCAUUCAUAUAAUAAUUAGUUUUAUAAUUUUAUAAAUAAUAAAACUU